CAAAGACGGAAUCACAAGCAGGAUUUAUCUAUAGGGCGAAGCGUACACAUUGUAGUCACCGUCCAUAUCGUGAAAUAUGAAGCUGUUCUGUGUUACCCUGCUUCUCCUCUGUACAGGUUUAAUCGAUCCGGCAUUGGGGCUAUCAAAACGGGUACACCACCACCCCCAUCCAGGAGUUCCAGCCGACCAGUUAUUACAUCAUCCUAUAACCUGUUUGGAUAAAUAUUGUGACGAUCAUAGAUCGACAUGUAGGAUACAUAUAGAUGGGGACCACAUACACGGCGACUGUGAAGAACCAGAACAUUGUGACCAUCACCCGCAGUGUAAUCCAGCCCAUCACCAUGAUCAUGAGUGUUGCUGUAAAACCACUCAAUGUGUUACCGAUUUCGUGGCAGGGGCCAAUACACCAGAUACCUUAAACUGUUUACAAGUUCAAUGUGAUGCCAGACACCAGACAUGUGUUAUCGUCAACCGACAUGGUCCCAAUACGAAUAUCAACGGCAGGUGUGAGGAACGUCAUCGUUGUGAUGAUUGGUAUUGGUUUUGUGUUGAUGAUCAUGGCCAUGUGGAUCAUCAUCAUCACGAAUGUUGCUGUACAGACCAACAGUGCGUAUCAGCUGCCCUUGGUUUGACUAACACAACUACCUCCGCUACAAAAGCCCCUGCAACUGUACCUCCGAAACCAAAUACUGCAACCCCCGCUCAUACGCCAGUCCCCACAACAGCUUCCCCAGUCGUCCAAACAAACGCACCUACGACGCAGCCAACGACCCCCAUCCCCCUUUACUGUCCCGUGUGUGCUGACGAUUUUACCGCUGACUGCCAAAGUAACUCUAUGUGUAAAGCAAACGAAGGUUGUAUGCUACAGGUUGUCGCCGGUAAACUCAAGACCGGCUGUGCCGAGAUUAAUGAUUGUGAGUUUCACGAAAGAAUUGGAAACAGUAUAUGUUGCAAGGACAAGAACUGUACCGACGUUGCCUUCCGCGAUAUGCACACCAUGAGUUAUACCUGUCCAACCUGUCAGCACUCGUCAGAUCCUAGAGCGUGUAUGAAUACUCAGGGCAAGUGUUCUUAUCUCAGUAAGGGCUGCAUGAUAACACACAACAGUGCCGGUAUUUCAUCUGGGUGUAACACACACGCAAAGGCUUGUCAGAAUGCAGAGGCUUCAAAUAGUGUCCUUUGCAAUGUCCUUCCCAUUCCCUUUGCCUUUCAACCGGGACUUCAGUGUAGCUUUUGCUGUCACAGAAACGAAAGUACAUGCAUAAUGGAUGCAUUAGGAAUACACGAUGUAUCCACUACCCAGCCUCCGACAGUUGCUCAUACAGCUGGAACUACAGCUUCCACAUGUUUCGAUAUCGAGGAUUCCACAUUUAACUGUAAAAGUUUCGACUCCACGUACCAACUCUGCUCCCAUACCAGUGGUUUGAUGGCGCACCUAGCCGUUACCAAGUGUCGUAAAACCUGUGGCAUCUGUGGAGGUUCGGGCGGUGUUGGUGCGACUGUUCCAGUGACUUUGGCAACCACAACUAAAGCAGCAACAUCUCAAACAACUACGACUCCCAAGCUUCAUUGCAUUGACCACGAUAUUAACAACAACUGUGUCUUAAUGUCCAGCGUCCUCUGUGCUACACAAAACACCCACGGUAGAAACUACGCCAUUGCCAACUGCGCCAAGACCUGUAACUUGUGUAAAGAAUAUUUCCAACACUUAUCAGGACUUACCAUCCCAAGCGGAAGAUAAAAGAAAUGCUAUUCAAUACAUGAUUCAGAAGUAUGCGUGGAAGAAAUAAAAAUUAAAAAGAAA